AUGGGUAGGCCACGGAUAGGGCGUUCUCGAGGACAGAAGACUCAAUUCCGGAAGAUAGGACCUGAAGGCCGUAAACCAGUCUAUGAUAAGGAGAAUCUGCCUCCGCGCGGGUCCCGGGGGCUUCAGCAAAGAGUGCAUGAGCAUGAAAAGGCUAUUAAAGCGCUCUCACGGACCAACUCAUCUCUCUCAGAGGAUAACUCUAACUUACAAGAAGUUAAUCACUCCCUUCAGACUAGACUAGAAGAGACUGAGUUUGCUGUUGGUCUUGGAGAUAUGCAGCUGGAACUGGCGCAUUCUGCCUUUGAACGUGCCGAAGAGCAAGUUAACAUGAAGAGUGGGCAAUUAGCUGCAGCUCAGGAGGCUGGGUCAUCUGCAUUGCAGCAAUUGGACAAGGUGCAGACUGAAAACAGGUCAUUGAGGAAGGACAAGGACACACUCCGGAAACGGAUCUCACGUGCAUCUGGGCAGCAAGAUCGGGCCAUCCAGAAGGCAGUAGAGAAGGCUGAGCUUGCACACCAAGCUGUGGAUCUGACAACAAAGGGUACCUACACCAGUGACUCUCGUAAUAUGGUCCGGGACCUUGUUUCGGGGGGCCGGGUGGAAGGAGCAAAUGUCAAUGCUGUUAUUAAGAUUGUUGCUAAUGGUCUUGGGGUAGACCUUGAUGAGUUGAGGAUUCCCAGUGCACGGAGUGUUGGCCGGAUGGUUAGCGAAGGGUAUAUUGCUGGCCAGCUUCAGUCAGUUGACGAGAUGCACCAAGCAAAAAACUUCACUAUCAGUGGUGAUGGGACAUCACACAGACAUACUCAGUAUGAGUCCAAGCAUGUUGCCCUGCCGGUUCCUUCUUACAACAUCAGCGAAGCAGCAAAACAGUUUCCAGAAAUCCCUGCUAAUCGGUUUUACAAUAUUGGAUCUGCUGUCAAUCAUACCAGCGAGAGCCAGCUCGAAGGAUGGGAGAAGUUAUUUAAGGCUCAUUAUGCUCUCUGGAAUGAGAGUCCUCUGGCGAAGGAAAAGUUAGACUGGCGUGAGCUUCUCCCAAAGCUCAAAGGUAUUCUUACCGAUCAUGCAGAGGAUCAGAAGAAGCUUGCCCGUCUCUUCCAAGUAUGGAAGGAUCGUGUUGACCGAGAGAUCCGAGGUGAAGAGGUGCUCCUGGGGAAGUCUUCAGCUGAACUUGUGGCGAUUUUAUGUGAUGUCAACCACCGGAAAAUCUUGGACGCUGGAGGGAUUGCAGCAUGGGAUAACCUUCCUGAUGAAGAGCAGAUUGAGCGGGAUAGGAAGGCAUUCCAGGAGCUUCUUAUGCAGUACGGUGAAGAAGCUUUCCAAAAGCUCAGUGAUGAGGAGAAGGAAGAGGCAGAGCGCUUUAUCUGGUCUGGAUGCACAAUGCACAAGGAACUAAAUGCGGUCAAAGGUGGUAACACACGGAUGAUGGCAUUUUGGGGAGAGAAAGGCCUCAUUGGUCCUAUCAAGCUCAUGAACCGUGAUAAUGAUGCAGCUGCCGCACUAGGGUCUUCAGAAGCCAAGAGACGUGCUGAUGAUGUUUCAGAAGGUGGUGGUGUCAAGACAACAAAACUCGCAGGAAGCAUCUUAAAUGAUCAGAACAAGAAGAAAGGGCAACAAGACACUUUUGUGUAUUUCUUUCUUGUGGAGCUCAGCCUUGCACUCUACCUGACAUUCCUUGAACUGGUCCGUGACAAGAAGGAGAAGCGCAACUUCAACCACAUGGAAGCAAACCUUUACAAAGCCUUACAAGAUAUUCCAACAAUAACUGAGCUUUGCGUUCUGGCCUUAUAUGCCCAAGCAAUCAGUCAUCCAUACAUCCAUUGUCGCCAAUCAGACCUGCUUCUGGCUGCGGAUGCAACAUAUGUGACUGGGACAUUGAAUGGUGCUCUGGUGGCAUUCUUCAGUGGUGCAUUGGAGACAUGGAAGCGGUUCAGUAUGGAAUUCAAGGACGGUGGCAAGAUUUCACAGCUUUCACCAGCCCAGCGUCAAGCUUCCUUCAUGCAUACAACUAACGAUGCAAAUGAGGGUAGCCUCGGAUCCAUGCGGCAACAGCUUCUCCGCAAUUCAUGUCUUACUUUGCAUGCUUUCAAUGCAAGACGUAUGUGGAAGGUGAACAACACAAAGGGGUGGAUGGCUGCAAAAGCAACACCAGAGGUGGAGAUGUUCAUGAAGAAGAAAGCUCGUGAGCUGGAUGCCAGUGGAGCAGAGAAGAAGAGGAAGCAAGAGCUAGUUGAGACUGAGAAGGAGGAAGUUGAAACAAAGCGUAGGAAGAUCAGGGAAAAGGUGGAGAAAGAGAGGAAGCACAUGGCUGAGCUUGAGAAGAUCAGUCUUUGGACUGACCUUCAGCAGAUCCAGCAACAUCCUGGAACCAAUGAGCAGCUUGAUGAGCAGCUUGACAAGCACAGGCAACUGGAGAUCAAGGCAGGGAUCUCCAAAGAGCAGAGGCUUGUCCCCAUGAAGUCCAAGGUUACCAAGAAAAGCGAGAAGAUUACUGCACUAUUGGAGGCCGUCAAGAGAUUCUCUGCAGGCUACCCUUGUAAUUCUUUACCAGCUGCUAUAAUGCCUGAGUCUGAGGACUCUGAAGAGGAAUACUGA